AUGUCCCAAUUAAAGACGACGGCGGUUGAGCACUUCGAGUCUCUUGCCGCCAGCUAUGAAGCGAGCACCGGCGGUGCCACCCGCAUGGUUGCCGUCCACCUCGUAUCUCUCGUUACCCCCUCCCUGGGCGAUUCCUCCGCCGUCAUCCUCGACAACGCGUGCGGUUCAGGCGUCGUUGCCGAUGAAAUCCUGAAGAAGUACCCUGCUACCACCAUCCACGCCGUUGACGCUGCCCCAAGCAUGGUCGGCAUCGCAAAGCAGAACCUCAAGGAUAAAGCCACCGUCACCCCCGUCGAGUUCGGCGUGAUGCCCGGCGAGAAGCUGGAGUUCCCCGACGCCAAAUUCUCCCACAGCUUCACCAACAUGGGCAUCAUGUUCUUCACCAACCCCGCCCAAGGCGCCGCCGAGAUCUACCGCACGCUCCGGCCCGGGGGCACGGCCGUCGUCACAUCCUGGUCGAAGCUGGGCCAUCUCGACCUGGUGUUCAGGCCGGCUCACGUGUCCAUUCGUCCGGAUGACGAGCCCGUAAGGUUCCCGUUGCCAGAGGUGUGGCAUGAUCCAGAGCACGUUCGCAAGGUUCUCUCUGAGGCUGGCUUCAAGGACGAUGCGAUUGAGGUGACCACUUUACCGGUGCAGUAUGGCGCCAAGAAGAAGGAGAUGCUGCUGGAAUAUAUGAUGGAUAUGGCUGGGAAGAUGCUGACAGCGGACUGGCCGGAGGCCGACAAAGACGCCUUUAGAAAGGCGGUAGCGGAAAAACUCGAUCAGGAGGCGAAGGAGUACACGAUGCUGAGUGGCGAGCUUGGAUUCGGGCUACCGAUGGAGGCCAUUGUGGCGGUUUGCCGGAAGUAA